AUAACUUCCUUUUCGGUGAUAUCAAGUCGUAAGAUACCAUGUAUUUGUAUAAUGAAUAUUACUCUGGAUAAAAAUUUAUAUGGGAAUUUUAAUUUGUUCAGAAAGCAAGCAAUAUCAUCUUUAAACAUUACUUUUUAGAAAGUGUUCUCUGGAAUUAUUUUGUCGAGUCGGCAGGUUAUUUAUGAAUGAAAAGCGCCUGCGCUUUGUACUGUGACGUCAGGGCACUGGCGACGGUGUGACGGCAAACGCAAGAUGACCUAUUAACCGGGAAAAUGCACUGAAGCUACUGAUGAAAUGAGUUUAGCAAGAACUGCGGUGUACAUAUCUGGUCGUCGUAGUGAUGCUGGCACCCAGAUUCUUCUUCCUCUGCCAUCCGCUGCAGUCGUAUUCUUGAUCCACUACUGCGACUGUGAUGUCUUUGAGUUGGUGUUCGUAGACGAGAAACUCAGUGCCUCUGAAUGUGUCAGUGUGAGCUUUGCAGUCUUGUUGGCCACAAAGCACACCUUUACUGACGAGGCAUCAUGUCCCCAUCAUUGUGAUCUACCAGUGGUGUGUGAUGACUCGGUCAUUAGGUCUGGGCUGUGCUCUACUCUGCGCUGUCUGAUUAAGAAAUGUCAUGCCAACAACCCAGAGAAAAACCUCCAUGACUUAUUGGGUUUCAGAGGUGGUAGUCUUAAAGCUUGUGCAGAGAUAUCAGGAUGGACUAAGCUGUGUGAAAUUGAGCUCCCUUCUUCAGUCACAGAGUUAAUAUGUAACAUCAGCAGAUCCAAAGAAAAUGAAACGAAUACAGAGGUAGUAGAGGACAUCAUAUCAAAAGAGAAUGAAUUUAAAAUCAUUACCAAAAAUCUAGACAAAAAUGGAAUGGUUCAUCCCAGCAAAGACAGUAGUGAAAGCAAGGAAAGUGAUAUUGCAUUGCCAGAGGCAAUUUUGAAAUUAGAGUGGCAUUUCAUGAAGUCCCCAUCAGUUCAUAAUGAUGAUAAAAUAAAGAGGGCACUGCUUUCCCAGCUCAAACAGGAAGUGAAGGGGAUCACAGAUCCCAAAAAGUUUAGGUUCACAAGAGACAUUCCUCACUCACAUUGUGUGAACAGGUUUAGAAUUAAAAAACCAAACCAGAAGUAUAAAACAUCCCCCGGUGAUGGACUGAAUGGGACACUAGCAGAGAAGCACUGUAUAACCAGUCCCCAAGUCAGUGGAGGUCUUACAUCAGAGUCAGCAGGUGCUAGAGAGACGGGCCUUGAAAAACAGAGUACAGAGGAUGAUGUCAUAGACUUAUCAUUGACAGAACUUAAUGAAUAUAUGUCUAAUCUCACCAUCCACGAGAUUCAGUUUGUCCAUUUGUAUUCGGAGGGUAUGGACAUCACUGUGUCGGAUAUGGUUCUGUUUACAUACAUCUAUUUUUUGCUGCAAAGUGUCAACUUUGACAUGAUGUUGAUCAUGGAGCACCUGCCUUUGAUAUCUCAGUGGUUUAGGCACAUGAUCGCCCUGCCAGAGGUGAGGCGAGCUGCUGUCAAAACUCAGUGUGAUCUGGAUAGACUUUCGUAUUCUAGGAGAGAAUCAACCGUGAAGUUUUAUAUCCCAGACUGGGUAAAGCCUCCUGACCAUGAUGAAAUGGAACUGAGCCGGAGAUUAAGAGGAAAAUACAGAGCUAUCAAACCUGACAUUACUAAGGCUCUGAACAAAAUCAAGAAUGGAAAUAUAGAAGUGGAGUUUGGCUCGCAUCCCAGAGGUGACCAAGUGCAACUAGACUGGGAGAGUUUCCCUGCCAGAGUAGAUCCAGGAAUAGAUCUUCCAAAGAAGCGUCGUCAGAGGAAGUGCCAGCAGCUGGAGAGUCUGGCCACGGCUGUCCUGGAGAUUCACAGGCCUGGUGAUGUCAUCGUCGACUUCUGUAGUGGAGGGGGGCACUUGGGUAUUGUCAUUGCUUACCUUCUUCCUGAUUGCAAGAUAUAUCUAGUGGAAAACAAUGAAGAUUCCUUAAUACGAGCUAGAAGUCGCAUAAAAGACCUGAAACUUCAGAAUGUUACAAUAUUCCAGUGUAAUCAAGACUACUUUCAUGAGAAAUUUGACUUGGGGGUGUGUUUACAUGCCUGUGGUGUCGCUACUGACAUGGUGCUGAAACAAUGUAUCAGAAAUGAGGCUCAGUUUGUGAUCUGUCCUUGUUGCUAUGGAGGUAUUCAGGACACACAUUUUAUUACCUAUCCCAGGAGUCAGCGCUUUAGAGACGCUGAAAUAGAGUACAAGGAGUUUCUGACCUUGGGCCAUGUUGCUGAUCAAACUGAAUUUAAUAUGGCUUUGGAGGAGCAAGGUAAAUACUGCAUGAAUUUGGUAGAUAUGGAUAGGAGCCAUUAUGCCAGAGAACAUGGCUACAAGACUGCUCUCUGUUCUUUAAAACCACUGUCUUGUACACCUAAAAACAACCUUCUAAUCGGACAAAACACUUCCAACAGGUGAUAUCUCCAAAUGUGACAAAAGUCUGUGUUCAAAUAACAAGUUUUAUAUUUCUUUUAACUUUUAUUGUUACAUAUUGUACAUGUACUGUAAACAAAUUUUACAGACAGAAUAAACAAAAAUAAUAAUUUAACAAA